AAGCACCAGCACCGAUCGCUUGUGCGGAGACUCACCUUUGAUCGACGAGCAUCUUCAACUCCUGCGGCCUGGUCGCCAGCGUCUUGGACUAGCAAUACUUAGUAGACCGCCCGCGGCCAACCCCCGCUCCUUGGGCCGUCAUUCACGAUGGGACAAAAUCAGUCGGGGAUGAGCGGAGGCCAAGGUGAUGGCAAGGAUGACAAGGAUAAGAAGAAGGAGAAGCCCAAGUACGAGCCCCCGCCGCGGCCGACGACACGCAUCGGUCGCAAGAAGAGAAAGGGAGGCGGCACUAGCGCCGCUGCUAAGCUCCCGACCGUCUUCCCAACCAGCCGGUGCAAGCUGAGGCUCCUGCGGAUGCAACGCACACACGACCACCUGCUUUUGGAGGAGGAAUACGUCGAGAACCAGGAGCGCCUGCGCAGGGCCAAGGCAGCCAAGGACAGCAAUGCGGCGCCGAGCUCGGACGUGGACGCCGGGGACAGGAUGGCUGACGAGCGUGGUCGGGUCGACGACAUGCGCGGCAGCCCCAUGGGCGUGGGUACGCUCGAGGAGAUGAUUGAUGACGACCAUGCCAUUGUUUCGAGCACCACCGGGCCCGAGUACUACGUCAGCAUCAUGAGCUUCGUCGACAAAGACCUGCUGGAGCCCGGUGCAAGCGUGCUCCUGCACCACAAGAGUGUCAGCAUUGUUGGUGUCUUGACCGACGAUGCCGACCCUCUGGUCAGCGUCAUGAAGCUGGACAAGGCGCCGACAGAGUCGUACGCCGAUAUUGGUGGUUUGGAGCAGCAGAUCCAGGAAGUGCGCGAGUCUGUCGAGCUGCCGCUCCUCCACCCAGAGCUCUACGAGGAGAUGGGAAUCAAGCCCCCCAAGGGUGUCAUUCUCUACGGAGCGCCAGGCACGGGAAAGACACUGCUCGCCAAGGCUGUGGCAAACCAGACUUCGGCAACUUUCCUGCGCAUUGUGGGCAGUGAACUGAUCCAGAAGUAUCUCGGUGACGGCCCUCGGCUGGUGCGCCAGCUCUUCCAGGUUGCUGCGGAAAACGCGCCGUCGAUCGUGUUCAUCGACGAAAUCGACGCAAUCGGUACGAAGCGAUACGACUCUACCUCGGGCGGUGAACGUGAGGUUCAGCGGACCAUGCUGGAGCUCCUCAACCAACUCGAUGGCUUUGACGACCGCGGUGACGUCAAGGUGAUCAUGGCGACCAACAAGAUCGAGACGCUCGACCCGGCGCUGAUCCGGCCUGGCCGUAUCGACCGCAAGAUUCUGUUUGAGAACCCGGAUCAAAACACCAAGCGCAAGAUCUUUACGCUGCACACGUCGAAAAUGUCGCUGAACGAGGAUGUGGACCUGGAGGAGUUCAUCGCGCAGAAGGACGACCUCUCGGGCGCCGACAUCAAGGCGAUCUGCUCCGAGGCCGGCCUUAUGGCGCUGCGUGAGCGGAGAAUGCGUGUCCAGAUGGCCGACUUCCGCGCCGCCCGCGAGAGGGUGUUGCGGACGAAGCAGGAGGGCGAGCCCGAAGGACUGUAUCUGUAAUGUAUCAUUACACCUUUUACACAAACCCUGCGACUGCCAGCUGCUUUUCGGGGGUAGGGUUAGAGAAGCGAUACAUAGACAAAUCCCGGGAUGAGCUUGUUUCUCUGGAAGUUUCUCGGGACAUGUUCCCCUGAUUAUCUGAUGCGCGAUGUCUUUGAAAUAGCGAGGUCCUUUGGGGGUUGGCUUCCUUUAUGAUUUGCACAUUCGUGAAAAUGGACAGGAGUCAGCACACUUAACUACUUUGCCCUAGCACCUCAGUAUGUGGCAGCAGUAUCAGGGGGGGGGGGGGGGGGGG